AUGGACUCGAUCAAAGGGUUUCACGCUCUUGGGACGUACACAAUUCUUGAUUCGGAGAAUUAUAGCUUUUGGAAAGUAAAAGCAAUGAAUCUCAUCAAAGGGAUUGAUGAAGAUGCUUGGAGUUCGGUGGAAGAAGGAUGGAGUGCUCCAACUUACGUGGUUGAUGGAAAGAAAAUUCUGAAGCCUAGAUCUAAAUGGACAACCAAAGAGAAGAGAGCAUCGGCAUUAAAUUCAAAGGCGAUAACCAUCAUCUUCAAUACCGUUGAUAAGGACGAAUUCAAGCAGAUCCAAGGGUGUAAGUCAGCAAAAGAAGCCUGGGAUUCACUUGAAUUAAUUCAUGAAGGAACCUCAAGUAUCAAGCGCACAAGGAGAGAUAUAAUCAAGCAUCAAUUCAACAUGCUUCAAAUGGGUGAAAACGAGAGUGUCAAGAAAUUCUGUGGAAGGCUGAAUGCACUGGCAAACGAAGCAGAGGUCCUUGGAAAGACCUAUCGAGACAAACAACUCGUGGCAAAACUCCUAGUAAGUUUACCAAAAAAGUUUAUGUCUCAUAAAUCUGCUUUCACCAUGGUAAAUAAUGUAGACACUGUUAGUUUCAAAGAAACAGUUGGUGCAUUUGCUGCUCAUGAAUUAGAAUUAGAGCUGUAUGAGAAGCCAAAGAGAGCAACAACGUCGCACAAAAAUAUGGCUUUCCAUGUCCCAGAGAUAUCUGACACUCAAGGUCAAGUAUCAGGGUCAUCUGAGGAUCCAAGUCAAGUAUCACUGGAGGAAGACAUGGCGAUGAUUGUCAAAAAGUUCAACAGGUUUUUCAAGAAAAAGUCAGUGACCGCUGGAAAACUUGAGCCUAGAAACACUGGAAAGUGUCUCGAAUGCAAGGGAGUUGGUCACUGGAAAGCUGAGUGUUCUAGCAUUGCUAAGAGGGAAGCAAUGUUGAAGAAUCUAAAGGAUCUUCAAUGUUAUGAGUGCAAAGGAUAUGGUCAUAUGAAGAAUGAGUGUGCUACUGGAAAAGGAAAAUCGUCACUCACUCACAAAGAUUUAGAAACUGAAUCUGACGAAGAUGAAGGAGAAGAACGCUCAAAUUUUAUUGCGUUCGUUGGUGACAUAGAAGAACGUGAAGAAAAAGAAGAGGAGGUUAGUGAAGAAGAUCUGUACAAAGAGAUGACAAAGCUCUACGAUAUCAACAUGAAGUUGAUCAAGGAACAAAAACAGAGUGAGUCAACACUCACUGACUUGAGGAAACAGCUGAUCAAAGAACAAAAGGAGAAAGAUUCAAUUAUCAUUGAUCUAAAGAAGCAGCUGAAAGAAAAAGAAGAAAAGAUCACCUUACUACAAAGUCAGUUGGAUGAGACUAUGAAAAAAGUAAGGAUGCUCGGAAGUGGUACAGAAAAGCUUGAUCAUCUACUGAGAAUUGGGCGAACUGAUUCUGGGCAUGCUGGCCUAGGAUACACUGGAGGAAGUAUUAACAAAGUAGAAAACUUUGUUUCUGAAGGAAAGCUUGGAGAUGAGAAUAUUGUUCCGGUAAAAAAUACUCCAAGAAUCAAGGUUGAUCUUCAUCCGAGAAAGCAGUAUCGUGAGCACAGAAGUUGUUUUCAUUGUGGCAAAAGAGGACAUAUCAGAGUGAACUGCUACUGGAGGAGAAAUCAGGUACCACUCGCACCAAGAUGGAGACAAGUCUGGAGGAGGAAAGAUAUCAACAGGUGCAAUAUUGCUUGUACAUCAGAGCUGAACUCGAGAGAAAGUCAGUGGUAUUUCGACAGUGGAUGCUCGAAACACAUGACUGGUGACAUGAGUCGACUUUCUACUUUUGAAGAAAGCAACAAGGGUGACAAUGUUAUAUUUGGUGAUGGACGAAAAUUAAAGAUCAUUGGAAAAGGAACGUUGGACUCAUCUGCACUGCCUGCCCUCACUAAUGUGAAUGUGGUUGAAGGACUCAAGGCGAAUCUCAUUAGCAUAAGUCAACUUUGUGACUCUGGACUUCAGGUACACUUCACUAAAGAUGUAUGUUUAGUCACUAACUCGUUGAAUGAGUGUGUGUUGACAGGAAAGCGAACACCGAGUAACUGUUAUACUUGGGAUGAUCAAUCGAGGACAGAGUUAUGGCAUCAAAGUAGAGGGAAAACUUACGAGAUAUCUGAUAUACUUCGAGAACCAGUCAGUAAUCACUCAGAUCUUGACCAGGAUGAAUCUAUUAAGAUGCACGAGGGUUUGAAUGAUGAGUACUACCUCAAGAUAAUGCAUGAAGAUGGAAGAGUCAGUCGCAACAAACCAAGGUUAGUGGCUCAAGGGUACACUCAAGUGGAAGUGUACGCGAGCUUGAGGUUCACCUCUCCAACGUUUCUGUCAUCGAUCGUGAACACGAUCUCGUCGUUGACGUUUCUGAUGGCAGUGAUUCUCCGUCUAGAAGCUAUCGAUCUCAAGAACCCUAGAGGAAUCGCCAAGGUUGUGGGAACGGUCGUUUCCUUGAGGGGUGUGACCAUCAUGACGCUUUAUAAAGGGCCAGUCAUCGAACAUCUGUGGAACCCUCUGGUCCGUCUGGAAGGAAACUUGGUUUUCCACGAGGAUUGGCUCAAGGGUUCGAUCCUCACCGUCUCCAGCUGCCUGACCUGGUCCAUGUGGUACAUCAUGCAGAUAUAUAUAACUUGGCCCUCUUACCUAGAUCUCUACGCAAUAAGAAGUUUCUCAGGCGUAUACAUUGGAAAGAUACUCGGGUCAACUCUCCCUCACGGCGUGGAUGUCCUUCAUAGGAGCGGUUCGUCCGCCGUCUUCACCGCCAUGAUCGUGCCUGGACCAGAUGCUUGGAAGCUCCGACCCAAUGUCGAUUUAUGGUCCACCAUAUACGGAAGAGUAGCGGUUUCGGGUUUCGUCGUAUUUGCUCAGCUAUGGUGUACGGAACGGAAAGGGCCGGUCUUCGUGACGAUGUUCAACCCGCUUUCCACAGUUCUUGUCGCAGUUCUCGCUUACUUUGUCCUUGGCGAGAAGCUUUACCUCGGCAGUGUGGUGGGAGCAGUUGAAUGAAUCGGAAUUCAGACAGGAUCAAAUGUCUGAAGCAGUUCCAAACUCAGAGCUAUAGAUCGGUCAACGAAUAAAUGUCAGUCCCGUAUAUUUUAUGAAACUAAGUGUCGAAAGUGAUCAACAGAGUUUCCGAUAUCAUUUCAAGAAUUUUAUGGAUAAUUUUAUUUUCAUUUUU